GGGGUCUAUAUAUUGAGAUGCUUUGUCCGUUGGCUUUAUGUGAAUGAGAAGCUGACCAGGGAAACUCGACCACAGCGAGACGGUGUUCCUCCUCGUUGCGUAUUAAAGCCUCCCGCGCGCCUCUCUCACCAUGAUGGAUUCCUAUUUUUCCGCAAUUUGCGUGACUUUUCUCGCGGCAUUUUGUACCUGCAGGUCAGGUGCGAACGGACCGGUUGUCACAUGCGAGCCCUGUGACCUUGAAGCGCGACUUUUGUGCAAACCUUUGCCUAAGGACUGCGCACAGAAGGUCCGCGAACCGGGCUGCGGCUGCUGCAUGACGUGCGCGCUGAGCUUCGGCCAGCCGUGCGGGGUAUACACCGGGAGAUGCGGGUCCGGGCUGAGCUGUCAGCCUCAGCCAGGAGAAACGACACCCCUGCAGGCUUUGAUUGAAGGACGGGGGAUCUGUGUAAACGCCACUAAAAAGAGUCAGACGGUCAGACCUACACCUCCUGUCAAUGAGUUGCCAGCAGAGAAUCCAGAGAGCCAUGAAAAGGAGCAGAAUUCCACUGGCUCAAGUCUUCAAACUGCCCACAACGGUCACACUGUACCAGCCAGACACCCACUUCCUCCCCCCUACUCCCCUACAAAGGCAGACAUCCUCAGACAAGAGGAGAUAACCCUGAUCUUUAAAACGGAGGAUCUCUCAGCACCAGUCAUAACCAAACAGGAGGCUGAAUAUGGUCCCUGUCGGAGAGAGAUUGAAAGCAUCCUCAACAAACUGAAAAUAGCCAACAUCCUGAACCCCAGAGGUUUCCGCAUACCAAACUGUGACAAGAAGGGCUUCUAUAAGAAAAAACAGUGCCGUCCGUCCAAAGGGAAGAAGCGAGGUUUCUGUUGGUGUGUGGACAAAUAUGGACAGCCCCUGCCAGGAUUCGAUGGGAAGGAGAGAGGAGACAUCCAGUACUCCAAAAAACAGUUGGAGUAACAGAGGAAUGGGGAGGGAGGUUUGCCAGCGAACAAGAAGACGCUGAGGAUAUUGGAGGCGAGGUUAAAAGAUGGCUCGGUUGAUAUGUAGAUGUUUUCUAUCCGUUGCCUCUGGGACCUUUUUUUUCUGAGGCAGAGCAAAAGAAGCAGAGAAUGUUUAUGAGGAGGAAAGUCCUGGAAUUUAAUGCCAUGGACCGACUCUUUAUAAGCUGUUUUAUUCAUGACUCCACCUGAACAGCUGCUGGUCAAAGUAACGCUUAGGAAUCUGCAAGAAUUCCUUUCUGAGGCCUUAAAGUGGUGAUAAAACAUCACAUCACAGACAGUGAUAAGCAUGCUCCUCAUUUACGCACAAUUACGUAGCACUGCAAAGGCGUGCAUGCUUGUGUAACCCAUAACUGUAUUCUCGUGAAUUGAUCUCCGCGUCUGGAGACGAUGAAGUUUUUCUAAGUAUGGAUUUUUUUCAGUGCCUUACUUUUGUAUUUUAUUGUUUCCAGUUGCUUCCAGCUUCACAGGAAGUAGUUUGGGAUCGUGCAGCUCAAACAGCACCAUGCAUUUAAAGGUUUUUAUGCUGGACUUUAAAGCCACAGUGAUAAAAAAAGAGACUUUUCUUUGACUUUGUGGCUGUUACUGAUUUAACGUCACUUUGCAUAAGCUAAAUACUUGAGAUUCAAGGCAUCUGCCAUUAUAAAUGAUUUCUGUGUAUCCAGUGAUAUUGUUCUUUUUGAGUAAAUAUGUUUGCAUGUACAAUCCAACUCUUGAAAGUCUAUUUUUACCUAAUAAAGGCAGUAAAAAUC